AUGGACGUGGAGGACUCUCAACAAAAGACGAUGACAAUUCUGAUAAAAACACCAAGCCAGGCUGUGGAGGACCAAAAAGUCGAAGGCGUCCAUCUGAACUGGACGGUGAAAGAUCUUAAGAAACAUCUGUCGGCAAUCUAUCCAAUUAAACUGCCUGAGAGUGACCAGAGGCUCAUCUAUGCAGGCAAACUUCUACCUGACCAUCUUCACGUUCGUGAUCUCUUCAGAACUAGAGAUACCAUUCCCAUACUGCAUCUAGUCUUUGCUGUGAAGAUGCAAACGAAAGCAAAUCUGGGAGCAAGACCAAAGGUUAAAGGAACAGCCGAGCCACCUCAGUCUAUUCCACAGCCUGUUGUAUCCCCUGCUUCAGCCAGCAUCACUGCAGAGCUGAGACAGAGAAGGCAGCCGUCUUCAGUUUCAGCUACCUCUCCAGUAAACACGCACGUCACUGUAUCACCCCCUGGAGUUUCUGCAUGGCCUGGCACCAACAUGACUGAAACGCCACAAAUGAAUCAACCAGUAUUUCCUGCCUACUCGCUGUACAGCCCCCAACAACUUCUAUGGCUCCAACACGUCUAUGCUCGACAAUAUUAUAUGCAAUACCAUGCAGCUAUGGCAGCAAGUGGCACUGACCCCACCAUAGCACCUGCAACUGUUGGCCACCACCCUCGUGUACCUGCCCACCAAGUACCUGUACCGGCACCUAUCGCCAAUCAGAACCCCAUCGACAAUCUGCAACCCGCAAACCAGAACCCGGCUCAGGAUGGCGCAUUCAUCAACCCAGGCGUAGCCAAUGAGAACAUGCGAAUGAAUGCUCAGGGUGGGCCUCUAGUGGAAGACGAAGAAGGAAUGGAGCGAGACUGGUUGGACUGGUUGUACUCCGGUGCCAGACUUGGUGUUCUGCUCAUGAUUGUUUAUUUCAACUCCAACUUGAGUCGCUUCCUGCUGGUGAUGAGUGCACUCCUCGUCAUUUACCUUCACACCACAGGCUGGUUUCCUUUUCGAAGGCGACAGCAGGUCCAAGGACCCAAUCACCUGCAGCCUCCUGAAGUCCAGCACAACCAAGAGAAUGAGAACAGAAUCCCAAAUUACGUCGCCGAGGCUGCUGAAGGACAGAGAGAACUUUCUGCUGAGGAUCAAGAAGAAUCAGAGGAACGUGUGCCAGCGACUGCAGUUCUGGUGCCUCAGCACAGGGUGUCAUUCAUGUGGACAGCGUGGGUCUUUUUGAAAACUUUUUUCUCCUCACUCAUACCUGAGGUCCCUCAGGGUGUGGCCAAUUGA